AUGUUUUUACCCAAGUGUAUCCCAGUUGAUUACCUAUUAUCUAAAAUAAAACAAGCUGAAAAUCGCGAUAGGGUAACUGAUGACGAGAAAAUUGUUUAUAGAUACUCCCGCGACGAGAUAAUUGGCGAGGUGGUGUCGCCGCUGUCGGGGCUGCAGCUGCACAGCGGCGAGGCCAUGGCGCUCUGCCGCGAGAUACAGCCGCGUAGUCUCAAGAUGCGCAGUGUGGGUCGCGGCGAGGUGUUGGUGUCGCUGUGCUGGCAGCCGGCCGCAGCGCGACUCACCGUCGUACUGCUGAAGGCGCGCAAUCUGCCCAAGAUGGACGUCACCGGACUCGCCGACCCGUACGUGAAGAUGUACCUGCUGUACAACGGGCAGCGUAUCGCGAAGAAGAAGACGCACGUGAAGAAGCGCACGCUGAACCCCGUCUUCAACGAGUCGUUCGUGUUCGAGGUGCCGGCAGCGCCCAGCGCCUCCCUCGACCACGUCUCCCUCGAGCUGCUCGUGCUCGACUGGGACCGCGUCACCAAGAACGAGGUGAUAGGUCGGCUGGAGCUCGGCGCGGCCGGCACGGGCAGCGCGCGCCAUCACUGGCGCGAGGUGCAGGCCGCGCCACGUCGACAGAUCGCCGACUGGCACAAGCUCAAGGAGUAAAACACAACUCUUACCCCCAAACUCCCCCACAAACACACCCCUCCCACCCCUCAACACCGUCACUUCUUACCUACACCAACAAUAGCAACCGCUUAAUACGAAUUCAGUUAUGGCUAUCAAAACUGCAGAUUCCGGCUGAACA